AUGCUCAGGCACUGGACCGUGGAUGGGCGAAAGCUCCGGGGCAACGAGAAGCAAACAGCAACGCGGCAACAUGCGGCAACGGCUUGGAUAGUCGAGGUAUCGCCGCCGUUUGAGCUGUCCUUCGGCCCCAAAUAUCCGGCAGUCACGUUCAAGAUGAUGAUCUAUCCGGAGAUGGUCAAUGAAGGCAAGGGCGGAUGCUGCUUCAGGAAGUCGAAAGGAAGAGGCUACGUUCAGAUUAAGUGCGAGGCGGAGCUCGAGGAGUCGGUUGCGUGGGUUUCUUUCCGAAUCUCCAUCGGCAGCGGCAACAAGACCGUUGGUCCCCGGGGCCCUCGCUACCACAACUUCUCCCAGAGCGCUGUGACCGGCCUCGAGGAGGGGCCCACGAAGGAUGAGCACAUUUGGGACUUCACGGAAGUCCUGGACGAGGCCUCCCAGACAUUCGCUGCUCACUGGCAUUACGUUGACCAGCAAUACAGGUGGUCUGCCUUGAAAUCGUUCCCGGUGGCAGAGGGCCUGGAAAGUGAGUCGACAGCAUUACCCUGGAAGAUGCCCUACGUGAUCUACAUGAGAGUGCCCUCAGAGAGCUCGAGCUUGCAGCUCGGGGUACACCUGCCCCGAAGCAAGAUCUUCACUUCAGUGCCCUCAAGUUGGACUCUUCUCAGCCAAGGGAACGGGCUGAGGAAGGAAGUGGACUCCAGCACUCCGGGGAAGAGUUGCGAGCAGACCUUCUCACAAGGUGACCAGCUAAUGAAUGCGAUGCUCCUGCGCAGAAACUUGUGUGCCAUCACCGAUGAUCCCAGGUGGGAGGAGCUCCCAAUUGGUUUAGUCGAGAUGAUCCUGCGACAGGACGAUCUACCCAUCGCAUCCGAGGCAGAGGUUUUAACGUUGAUCGCCAAGUGGAUUGGCAGCCGACAGCGGAAGGAGGAGGAAGUCACACGCCUGCUGCGCUCGUUUCGCAAGGGCGACAGUGUGCGGGUCCGCAUUUCGGACAUGGCGGCCUUAAUGGGCGCACUAGGCUGGGACAUUUUCUCAGACAAGGUUCCUCGUACAGGCGCCUCGGUGUGGGACCCCAACUUUACCAUUCACCGGCACGAGGGUGCCGGCACGCAGGGGUCCGGACCCGCCGAGUCCGCAGAGCGCAGAGAAGGAAAUACCGUCGAAAUCAUCCACCAGAUGGGCCCGAAGGACUUCCUACAACAGGAGCCUGGCUGGGCCUAUCCAGGUGCGCAUCGGGGCAGGGUGAAACUGACCUCGAACUGCUGGUCUCAUCGUGAGCGCCGGCUGCUACGUGGAGGGCCGGGCCAGGCCGUGGCGUUACAGAAGCGGGCCUUUGAGUGCAGCCCAGCGAAGCCCACGGAGCGCAGCCCGUCGCCGCCGCCCUCUUUUCAGGUGCGGCGGCCACCGGUGGACACCUUUGAGACCUUCGAUAUCGCACCAAUGUCCGACGGUUCCGAACAGUCCUUUCUGGGCGGUGCGGUCAUCCGAAACUUGACGCAGGACAAGAUUGACCACGAGCUCGUGGACCAUCAGGUCAUUUGCGGUGUGUCGAGCGGGUACCAGCGGCACGGCUUCCGCAUCUCACAGUGCGACAAGAAAGCCAUCUACCUCGUUGAGGCUGGGGGGGUUGGUGAGUUUUUGGGGCACGGAGGAUUUCACCACGCGGCCACUUGGCCGUGCUUUGUCGCCUGCCUUGGCCGCAUGGGUUGCGGCUCCUCCGCUUUCCGCCCCUUCCACGAUGCCUUCGAGCUGCAGGAGGUCAUUGGCAAGGGUAGAUUUGGUGAUGUCUACUCCGCGGUGGAGCGAGCAUCGCGAGAACCCUAUGCUCUGCGCAUCAUCACUCGCACAGGGGCCUCGAUGAAGGACCUCUUGCAAGAGGCAAGGCUAUGGCGGAGCGUGAUGGACAGCAAGUACAUUGUGCAGUGGUACACCAUUCGGGCGGAAGGGAACAGCCUGUUCUUCCUCAUGGAAAAGUGCCAGUGCAACUUUGUGCGAAAGCUGCAAUUGUCUACAACAUGGAAUUUGCAGAAGUCGCGGACGGCGUUCAAGCAGAUGCUCCGUGCGGUGGAAUGGAUACACUCCGCCGGCGUGAUCCAUCGGAACAUCAAGGCAUCGAACUUCAUGUGUGGCGGUGACAAAGGCAACACCAUCAUGAAGCUGACAGACUUCAGUCUUGCCUGCCAAGCUGCACAGGGCGGGAAGCUGUUCCAGGAGGUGGGUUCCUGGCAGUACAGGUCUGCGGAGAUGCACAGCAAGGCAGGCUACACGGAGAAGACAGAUCUCUGGUCCUUCGGUGUCAUGGCAUACGCCCUGCUCUUCAAUGAGUUUCCCUUUGCGCCCGGGGUCAGGGACAAGGACGCCAUUCGAGCUGCGAUUGUCGGGCAUGCGGAGCCACGCUACUGCCAGGUGCCGGGUGGCCAGAAGGUCGGCGAGUUCCUCGGGCCGGCAGCUCGAUUUUGCCGCGUGCUCCUGCGCCGGAACCAAGACAUCCGCUGCAGCGCUUCGGAAGCUCUCCAGCUGGGAUUCAUCACUGGCAUGGCCUGCUCUGUGGAGAUGGAGUCCGACUGCAGCGUGAUCAAGAAGCAGGACCAGCCUUCCGUGCGCGAACUUGCGCCACCGGUUGAUUGGGACGCUGGAAGCCUCGUCGAUUCGCAGUUCUCGGACUUCACGGUGUGCAUGACGCGGAAGCAGCUAGAGUCGCUGCCGCUCCUCGGUGCUGGCAUCGAGGACUUGAAUGGUAAGCACUCAGCACAGCUCGGAGGCACCCUGACCUCCGUCACCUUCGACCUGGAGCUCGUCAUCGGCGAGGCCUCGAAGUGCGGGAUCCGGCGGUGUCGCCUGGCACUGCUGCGGAACACGCAUAUGCUCACCGAGGAGUGGUUCGAUGUCUCGUCGAAGGUGCCCCUGCGUUUCUACUUCUCGUCGUCGUACUUUGACAAAAGCUCGGCAUACACCGUGGCUGUCCGAUGGCUGAGACCCACCGAGUCGGUCAAUCGCCAUUUUUACAUUGGACACACCUAG